UUGAACGUUAUUGGGAUCGCCAGCAGGUUGUUUGGUCCGCCCUAUUUUAUUUUGGGGGAAAAAGAAACUGAAAUAAAAUUCGUUUCCCCUUCGCCCCCCCCCCCAGAAAAAAACAAAAUAAUAAACACGAGGGAGGUUGUGGGGAAAGGAAGAUUCCAAUCUGCGGGGUGAGGAGUGGCCCCGGCUUUCUUGUUGCCAUCAGUCGGUUCCGGGCGUGUGUGGGAGUGAGACCGGCCGGCCGGGGCUUUCCAACCAGCCCUGAUCUUUCCAAUUCACAAUGAACAUCUCUCAGCUCCUGAGCCACAGGCUAUUCAUCUCCCCAGUCCUUUGGUUCACCAUUUACACUAUCGUUCCUCUGUUAUCUUUGGAGUCUAUAGCCACAAAGCAGGACUCCUGUCAGAUUUGCCGUCGCAUCACUGAGAACUUCAGAAAGGGAAUGGAAAAUACUGCAAACAAGAAUUUUGGUGGUGGAAACACUGACUGGGAAAAGAAAAAUUUGGCAAAGUAUGAAAUCAGUGAGACCCGCCUGCUAGAGAUCAUAGAAAUGCUAUGUGAAAGUAUGAACUUUGAUUGUAAUCAGAUGGUGGAACAGAAUGAAGAGCACAUUGAAAAUUGGUGGUUUAAAAAGCAGGAGGAGAACCCAGACCUAUUCCAAUGGCUCUGUCUGGAUACUAUCAGAGUGUGUUGUCCUCCAGGGACAUUUGGACCUGACUGCUCCUCAUGUACGGGGGGACCUACAAAACCAUGCAGUGGAUACGGUCAAUGUGAUGGUGAUGGAACUCGAUCUGGAACUGGGUUAUGUAAUUGUGAUUCAGGCUAUGCAGGAUCUAUCUGUAUGGAGUGCGCUGAUGGAUACUUUGAAGAGUCAAGGAACGAUACACAAUUGGUAUGUCAAGAAUGUUACAAAUCUUGUAAGAAGUGCACAGGCCCUGAGGACUAUAAAUGUCAAGAGUGUAAAGUUGGCUGGUUCCUGCAUGGUGACAAGUGUAUAGAUAUUGAUGAGUGCGACACUGAGUUGGCGAACUGCAAAGCUGGCCAGUACUGUGUGAAUAUGGAUGGCUCCUUUGAGUGCAGAGCUUGUGACAAAGCUUGUUUGACCUGUAUGGGAGCUGGACCUAGCAGAUGUAAAAAGUGUAACAAAGGUUACCAAAUGGAUGGCACAAAGUGCCAUGAUAUCGAUGAGUGUAAUAGUGAGAAACAACUUUGCAAUGGUGCACAUGAGAAGUGUAAAAACACAGAUGGCAGCUACACGUGUGCAUGUGUUGAUGGGUUCUCGAAACAGGAUGGUCUUUGUGUUGAGGACAAGUUGGCCUCUGUCCCUGAGGAAGGUCUCUUUGACAAUGUCACUGAGGAUGAGAUGGUGGUCCUACAGCAGAUGUUCUUUGGUGUCAUCAUAUGUGCACUGGCAACACUUGCUGCAAAGGGAGAUAUGGUCUUUACCUCCAUCUUCAUUGGUGCCAUUGCUGCAACAGCAGGCUACUGGCUGUCGGAGAAAUCAGACCGGCUUGUAGAUGGAUUUCUUAAAGGGAAAUAAUGAGGAAUAUAAUUUGAGUGCAAUGAAUCGGAUGGUUCUCUGUGGUAAUAGCUGACUAUUUAAAACAAAACUGGUUUGUUACCCAGUGGACUACUUUGACAGAGCCAGCAGCUGGGAUUACCACGUGGAAGUACGGAUAAAAUAUCAAUCUAUAAAUUAUGAAUUCAACACAAGUAAACUGUGCAUGUCUGAAAACACAAGAUUAUUUAUAUUCACAUGGCAUAUUUGGGGUUGUUUAUAUCGAAACAACUUUCAUGCUAUACUUUUGGGUGAAUUCAGAGUUUCGAUAAAAUGUACAAUGAUACUUUUUCUGAGUAAUGCACUGUUCUAAUUUAUUGUAAAAAGCUGCAGCAUGGGCUUUAUCCAAAAGCAUAUUUAAGAUUCAGGGGAGAAGUAUUAUCUUCUGUCACCCCUCAACAAAAUUGUGCUUCCAUUUACAAAACAUCUUACUGUAUUUUUGGCAAGAAUGUCCCAACUUCAGCUGAAUGGACCGUGGCUUUGUCUAAUAAAUGUGUCAAUGCCCAGUUUGUGCUGUUUCAGGCUUAGAAUCUGGUUGGUAAUUGGUCUAGUCUCACUUUGUAGGUCUUGAGUUGCUAGUUUUCAUUCUAGCAAUUUUAUUCCUAAAGUUAUCUGUCUCACGAGGAGAAAUGGAUUUAAGCUGUGGUGGGGUCAAGUAUGAAUGGAUACAGAUCAGGUUAAGAUUGCUUCUCAAUCUGUGGGAGUGGGAUGAUUAGGAAGUAACUUGCAUACUUGAUGUACUGUUCUGUAAAUAACCUUUCUCUUGACCAUUCUGGCAUGCUAUUCACAGCAGAUAUGAACUGAUCUAUAGUUAAAACAAAAAUGGGAAUGAGAAUGCACUCAUUAGAAAUAGGACACUAAUUGAGCUGAGAGGAUGAGUGUGCAGGUUGUAGCAUUUCAUGUGAUGUGCAGCUUGUGAAAAGUUACGGCCAGCUAGGAAAAUGUUAAAGAAGUCUUCAUGUGAUGUGAUCAAAGCAUGAAAUUGGUUUUUAUUAGGUGCAAAGGCAGGCCUGUUACAGGCCUGGAAGAAAGUUUCUUCAUUUCGAUGUGGGUGAGGAAUCUUAUCUCUAGGUCUGCACUUUCUGCCUGAGGAGGUAGCUGGUGAAGUCCAAAUCAGAGGAAUUUAGGAAUUUAGAAAGUGGCUGGAGUGGAGCAAGAUGGCUUCAGUUUAGCCUGCAUUAAGAUGGUAGAAACCUUGACUUAUCCUGGUCUUCAUCUUGGACAGGCUGUUGGAGAAUGGAACAACAGUCUUUGGAUUGAAAGAGGAAAGAUAAACAUGAAAGCUGAUUCCAUGUUUUUGGAUGUUAUGACUAAAAGAUACCAUACAGAGUGAAGUUGGGGGGAGCGAGAAGAGGAACCAGAAUGUACCCUUGGAGGUAACUUUGUAUUUAGAAGAGUUAAAACUAGGGGAGCACCUGUGUUGGGUCUAGGUUGGGGUAGAAUAGCAGAAGAGAGAUAUUUGAAAAAGAUUGCGUACAAAUUCUUGGUACUACAUUUGCCUUCUCAUGGAGAAUGGAAGCUCAUCUGUCAUGUUAAAUUGGAAGGGAGUCAGCAUAUUUAAACUCAAAUGGAUUUAACUCUGAACAAAACAUCUUUUCCUUUUUGAGAUGGGACUGUGAGUAUGCUUAAAGGAUGUUUGGGUAUAUUUGAUCAGAGGAGCAGCCAGCACCAUCUGCCUUUGUUCAAUAAUAAUAAUCGUGUCAUUGCAGCCCCUCAAACACUCACCUUUGAAAUAAUACCAUGAUGUAAUUGCCACCAUGAAAUUGGAAUGGACCUUUACACUGGAAAAGAUCUUUGUAUCUGUGUGGAUCUUACUGAUAUGGAUUUUAUAAUAUCCCUUUUUUUUUAUUACUUAAGCAUUAUUUAUUUACUUGAGAAGUGUCUUAAUUUUUUUCUUCCAAUUUCUUCCCUGCAAACACUGACUGACCACUUGGGUGUAGUUCAUGGAUCAUGGUGAGUGUAGAAUCCUGGAGAAUAAUUCUCAGUUGGCUAUUCCAUUGUGAGGGGCAACACGGCUAAACUCCAACUGGUCUACACCACAAGUGGUUGUGCACUUUCCAGCAAGAAUUAUUGAGGUAUGAAGAGAAUCUGGGUUGGGGUUUUUUUUACCUUUGAUUCCAGACCAGUUGCACUGAUUGCUGGUAAUAAAACACAAAUUCAGUUGAGGCUCAGACACUUGUCCGUGCAACUCAUUGCUGCACUUAAUGGUUGGAGGUGGACGUGCAUCAUUACGCAGGGGUUGGCACUGGGAGGGGUACAGACCCCCUAGAUUCAUAUCUGUGGGAAUCAUGUUGAUCCUAUAAAAGACAGCAAACUGCAGAGCCAUGUAGAGGGUGAAAUUGCAACUGUCCUGGCAAUGAACCUGUUUUACUUUCAAUCAGCCUGUUCUUGACCUUUGUCACUGCCCCCAUUGAUGCUCUUUUAUGCAUAAUGCUUUUUGUUUUAUAUUUGAGAUUUAUUUGCAGAAAAUAAAUUGUGAUAUAGUUAGAAACCGGAAGUUUCUAACCUCAGUCAACCUGUCUUUUCUCUUGUACUGAUGCUAUGAUGUUUUUGAAUAAGUUCUGACGAACAUAUGAACACUUAAGAGCUUAUGAUGUUUCUGGGAUUUACCCUUCAGCGCACACCCAUAAUUUGUCUUCUGUUUGCAGAAGCUGACAGCCUUGUUAUGUAUUUCCAGCAUUUAGUUUUUCUGCAUUUUAGACAUUUUGAUUUAUUUAUAUUACUUUUGAUGUGGUUGUGAUGUAUGUAAAAUCUUUUUUUUUCAUUCCGUCCUCAGUACUGGAAGAUCACUUCUGUCCCUGAGAUGCAGCACCCCUCACCAAGUAGAAUUUUGCUGUGUUAAUGGCCCUUCAGGUCCUUAAAGAUUUUUGUCAUUUAUUGUUUCUAUAUUAUUAAUUGUCCUUUUAACUUAUAUGUAUAAUUUAUUGCACUUAACUGUGAGAAAUUAUUUUCCAUGUUACAUGAGAUGUGAAUUGACAGCAGAGCUGACACUAACAAGCUGGUCACAAUUUCUCUGUACGGCCUUAACUACCUGGAUAGAAAUAAGAAGGAUUUGGUUAGAUGUUUUAUUUGACAUCCAGACAGCACCCUCCACCUUUUUAAAAAAAAACUAUUGUUGCUGGAUUUCUGCUGCUCUCUCAGUACAUUUGCAUAAUGAUUAUUUUUAAUCUACCGUGUAACUUUUAAAUUCUGAUUUAAAACCCAGUUUUAACCAAAAUUCUGGUAUUUUUUAACCUUUCCUUUUCUGUGGUUUUUGAGUCAAACAGCUGUUGCAAAGGACAUGGUUGUGAAUUACUCUGAUAGCAUUGGGUUUUUUUUGUAUAUUCACAAAAUUAGGCUUUAAAUAUAAUCAGUUAAUAGUUUUUAGUUUGGCAGUUUACAUCAAAGGGCAGUACUAGGGAGUUUUAUCCUUUUUAAAUGAAGGUGCGUAGUGUAUCUUACAUGUGCAAAACAUUUGCUCCCAAUUUUCACUAGUUUGAAAAGUGUAGCAGCCAUCUGCUGGUGAAAGAUGGAAGUGUCUGCACUGAAACUCCCAUUGUUUCACUCUGGGGAUUAACAGCAGACCUCGCCCUUGUCUUUCAAGCGGUGGACUGCAAUGCCCUAGUUCUACUUAAAUCUGAAAGUAAACUUCUAUAAUCACCCCAAGAGUGUGACAUACCUCAGUUUCGUUCAUUGGAUUCUUGCUAGGGACUGCUUUACUAUCGUAGACAAUUAUUCCAAAUAUAUUUUAAAAAAGAAACUGGAGGUUUCUUAAUAUUGGCUACCCUAUAGUGUAACAAUGUGUCGUUUCCGAUAUUGACCCUGUAGAAAUGGCUAGUUGAGUAUUACUAUCAUACACUGACCUUAUUGCCUCAAUUUGAAUGAAGUACCUGCUGUGUAUGUGAUUAUGCUAGACAUUUCUCAUACUGCCCUUAGCAGAUAAGCAUAUGUGACACUGAUAUUUCUCUCUAUUGUAUCAUGUGUGUGUAUAUUUAGGAUAUGUGACAUGCAUCAGUGCCAUGCACUAAAGGUUCUCAUUGCUAUCUUGGUAUAAUUCCUUUUGUUGGACCUGAGUGAAUGCAAAGCAGUCUGGAUCUAUUCAUUCUAUAAUUGAUUUUGAUGUUUGAAGUGUUUUUAUAGUGUAUUCAGGUGUUUCACCAGGUACCAAUUAACACUCUGACCUUCAAUCCAACUUUUCUUUGGGAGUGCUGUGACUCAAUUUAAAAAAUAAACUGGAAUCAAUGGCUAUGUUACUCAGUUAUUCUGAAUAUGCCAUCUUACUAACCGGAAGGCUCCAGUUGAAAUUAUGUGUUGUAAAACAUGGUGGGACAGGGGAAUGGGUUGGAGUAGAUCUUCUCAAACAUUGACGCUGCUAGCACUGAAAUUCUAGUGAAAACAAACAUUUUGUGGUAAAUAAAAACUUGAAUUGUG